AGGGGAAGUGACGCCAGCAGCGAACGGUAGCUUUCACGGUGGAGGAAAUAAAUCGGACAGUGGAGUGACGCUGCGAACGAUUAGGUGUUAAAUCUCUCAGCGAAAUCCGUCUCCAUCCUUUUAAUUCGGGGCAAUAAUGACCCUCAGAAUACGGACGACAUAAACUACACGUUUCGCACUAUCAAAUGAUAUCGAUAUCGUAGGUCUUCGGUCCUCGGAAAGAUACAAAAAGGAUGGUGACAUUUUACAUUGUUACAAUAGGAGCUGGGAUUCUGGGGGGCGGGGGAAUGUGAAUUAAGGGGGUUGUAAACCAGUCAAGGAAGGCGGACUAACCGAGGCAACGUAAACAAAAGGUGAUACAGUUUAACGCUAACCAGACGCAGCGUUUAACUACCGAGACACACAACCCAAGCGACGGACGGAGUCAACGGUUGCUGUUCGCGAAAUGGAGCUGAGAGUGGGAAACCGAUACAGACUGGGCAGAAAAAUCGGAAGUGGUUCUUUCGGGGACAUCUAUUUAGGCACAGAUAUUUCAGUGGGUGAGGAGGUUGCGAUUAAGUUGGAAUGUGUGAAGACCAAACACCCCCAGCUCCACAUCGAGAGCAAGAUCUACAAGAUGAUGCAAGGAGGAGUGGGCAUUCCAACCAUAAAGUGGUGCGGCGCAGAAGGCGACUACAAUGUGAUGGUGAUGGAGCUGCUGGGGCCCAGCCUAGAGGAUCUCUUCAACUUUUGCUCCCGCAAGUUCAGCCUCAAGACGGUCCUGCUGCUUGCUGAUCAGAUGAUCAGUCGCAUUGAGUACAUUCACUCCAAGAACUUCAUCCACAGAGAUGUGAAGCCCGAUAACUUCCUGAUGGGACUGGGCAAAAAGGGCAACCUGGUCUACAUCAUCGACUUUGGCCUGGCUAAAAAGUAUCGUGACGCUCGCACACACCAGCACAUUCCCUACCGCGAGAACAAGAACCUGACUGGCACUGCCCGCUAUGCCUCAAUCAACACACAUCUGGGGAUUGAGCAGUCGAGGCGCGAUGACCUGGAGUCCUUGGGCUAUGUUCUCAUGUAUUUUAAUCUGGGCUCACUGCCCUGGCAAGGCCUCAAGGCUGCCACCAAGAGGCAGAAGUAUGAACGGAUCAGUGAGAAAAAAAUGUCCACCCCCAUUGAGGUGCUUUGCAAGGGUUACCCCUCUGAGUUUGCAACCUACCUGAAUUUCUGCCGUUCGCUGCGCUUUGAUGACAAGCCUGACUACUCGUACCUCCGGCAGCUCUUCAGGAACCUGUUCCACAGACAGGGCUUCUCUUAUGACUAUGUUUUUGACUGGAACAUGCUAAAAUUUGGAGCCAACCGUGCAGCAGAGGAGGCGGAGAGAGAACGCCGGGACCGCGAGGACCGGCUGAGGCACGGCAGGAACCCUGUGGCCCGAGGAAUACCUGCUGCAUCAGGACGACCACGAGGAGCCCAGGACGGAGCCCCGCCCACCCCUCUAACGCCCACCUCACACACAGCGAACACGUCCCCUAGACAAGUGUCUGGGAUGGAGCGUGAACGAAAGGUCAGCAUGCGACUGCACCGCGGCGCUCCUGUCAAUGUGUCAUCGUCGGAUCUAACAGGACGGCAGGACACAUCCCGCAUGUCCACCUCACAGAAUAGUAUUCCCUACGAGCAUCAUGCCAAGUAGACGCUCGCCACGUCCUUGUGUGACGGCGGCAACACUGGAUGGUGUCCGCCGUACCGACUGCUGGUCUCCAUCUCCUAGCUCCUCGAUGAGCCCCCACAAUGCACCCUGGUGGAUCGAGCCCUGUUCACUCAGAAGCGAUCUGACAUACUAAUACUACCAUUCAUUAACACUACCACAACAAGCUUCUGGCUCGCCCCAACUUCUCUCUCUCUCUCUCGCCCUCGCUCUCUCCCCCCUCUCCCUGUUUGUGUGCACGUCUGACCUACCAAAACAUUAAACGGCACCAGACCUCAGGAGCCCCCCCCCACACCAACAGAUUCUGAAUGGACAGUGCUUUGUCCAGGGUAAACAUGGCAGCCAGUCUUUUCUAGGACACUGACUCACUGACUGCUGAAACAACAGUUAAGGCUUCUUCCUCUGCCCAAACAUGUGUCUUCGAUGGCCCUACAUUUCCACUGUCCUCUACUUCAUACCUGAUCAAUAAAACCGCUUUUCUCUCUUUUGUGCAGUAAAGUGUAUAAAGCUGAAGCAGCAGCUCUUCAUUUUCUAUAAAUAUAUACAUUUAUGGGUACUUUUCGAGGUGUGAUGCUUUUCACUGGUAUUUGCAGGUUUCCUUCCCCUCAUUCUUCCUGUUUUUAGUUCUCAUCCCCACUGAUGGCUCUCUUCAGUAACUAUAUAGCCAUGUAUAUUAAAUAAAAAGAAAGUACUUCUUUGCAUGUUUUUAGAGGUGAGUGUUCAGCGUCAGGUGUGCGAGGCUCAAGUUCUUGUUGGACAUACCAAAGAAGUGCUUUGGUAUCUUGGGAGGAGUUUCUGUGUAUUCGCCCAUUAGUUGGAAGGAUGUUGCGUCUGUUCACCUUCAGGCCCUGCUGUGCUGUACAAAGGAGUGCACUUUAUGUGGGGGAAGGGGGGGGCCAGAGCAUCGUCUGACAUGUCAGACCAGGUGUUCGUUGACCUGUACAGAAAAACGUUGUCAUUCUUAUUUCUGUCAUUUGGAAGCUGUGAAUAACGUGUAAUAUUGAUGUGUUAAUGUUCAGGCGGGUCUGAACAGGACCUCUAGGUUUGGUCCAGGAACCGAGGUGCUGCCGUCAAUGUAGUAGUGGGGGGCGGGCGGCACAGAUGUUCCACUGAAUGCGAAAGACAUUUUGUGAGACUUGCUUUGCCGUCACUUCUGUUUUGGAGGUUCUGUGAUCCUGCACCAGGGUGGGAACGCAUCCUUUGUGAAUCUUCUUGAGAAAAGCUGAACAUCCUUUUUGUUCCGUAUUGUUUUCUUUUCUAAUUAAUACAACUGGUCACACUUUCCUGGCUUUGAUAACUUUGCCGUGUGUAUCAGACUGAAGUGGCCUGUUGUAGUUCAUCCUCGCUGCUGCUCAUUCUCUUGUUUUGGACUUUUGACCCUUGACCUCUUUGGUCAGCAGCUCAACACCUAGUGAAUUCUGUAAGCGACCAGAUCAGCAAAAUUCACUUUCUCACAUUUAUAUUUGCCACUGUAUUUGUGUACUGUAAAUAAAUGAAUUACUUGUACCUC